GGUAUUUUCUCUUCAGCAAACCUCUAUAUCAUCAUUAGGUAUUCAGAGGCGUGCUGACGGCUGCUUGCCUAUCCCGCCUUCGCCAAUAUUUACUCUGUAUUUUGUAUUUGGAAACCAACGAUUCGCCGCCGAUACAGAGGCUUUCCUCCCGAGUACCACACACACCAAUGCUGCACCAGUACCGACGCUGUAACAACUAAAUCCGAGCUCCAACUCGUCCAAAUUCGCCUGUCAUGGCCAACAUCUAUACACGCGAUUCGCCCAUGUGGCCGCCCGGCGACAACGCGACCGACACUGUCAUCGGCAAUGUUCACUUCAACCUGACAACGUUGAAGUAUUUCAAUUAUACGCUUUACGAGGGAAACUGGACGCUGAGCAAUUGGUCACGGUGCUACCUAGUCGACCAGCCAUAUACACCACCGCUUCUACUUUCUAAUGGGACGUUUGUCAACAGCACCUGGUGUUACCUCGCCACUGAGCCAUCUGGCGUUCGCGCCCACGCCGGAAUUGGCGUCGCUGUCGCAUACGGACUGUGUAUCGUUUUCAUCUUGGUCAAUCUCGCCCGCCAUGGAAAACUACAUCUACCGGCAGAGAAGAGAUUCUACGCUAUAGGUAGGCGCUGGCAGUGGUAUUGGGCGCUGUGGGUGUGUACCGCCGCCCUUAUUGGACUCUUCACCGGUAUUGAUGUAGAUCGCUACCGUGUACUAGAGUUGCCAAUUGUACUCAACGUAUUUUUCUGGUUUCUGAUGAACAUGGGUUCUCUGGCAUUGGUAUGGGAGGCAGUCCGUCAUUGGGGCAGUUGGAUGGAGAGACAAUUCAUUGAUCCCAACCCAUUUGUGCUCCAUCAAACUGAUAGAAGAGGCACAUUCGAAUUCUGGUUGCCCUUGUUCUUCUAUCUGUGGUGGUGGCUGGACUUCUUUGUCGUAAUCCCAAGAAACUGGGGUGCCGUUGAACUUCAGCGUUCGCCCGAGCAGACUGCCGCAAAGGGCAAGCCCGCCUCCACUGAUGCUCGUUUCAAGGUCGCACCAUUUCUCUUGUUUAUUAGUUGGUUGACGAUUCUGGUAUCCCUGUGGCACUCGGUUCGGCAUUACGAAGCCCGAAAUCGCGGUCUGCUAAACAGAGUCAUCGGGUUCAUUCGUUACGUUCCUUUCCGCUUCCUACUCAUGAUUCCACUUGCCUUGGUUGUCGUCGCUUAUCAAGCCCUGGCUGCAUGGGACUUUGAUUAUUCGCCUCUCAAGAAAGACACCAACCUUGUUGCUAUGUAUGUUGGGGGCUAUCUUCCGGGCCUCCUCCUCGUCAUAAUUCUCUGUGUGUCCGGAUUCUUGCGGCCUAAUGAGGAUAAAGAACUCAUCCGCCAGCGACGCGCAAGAGGCAAUCAGCUUGACCAGGAGCUUGGCAUCACUCAUAAGCCGGCUUGGUGGCGGCGACUUAAUCGUGAGCCGAGCACUGGUGACGCCAUGCGAGAUCAGCUUUUUCGCAACGUGCGGGAAGUACGAGGCGGUCAGCGUAUUCAGGAAAUGGCUGAACAAAGAGCUGAGAAUGCAGAAGGCGCUUCCACAACUAACGCAAUCGAGAUGAGCUCGAUCCACAGGUCGCCGAGCGUUGCAAGUAACACGGCACCACCCCCUUACGCUCCCUCCGGCAAGCCAGGCCCGCGGAGGAACGAGCGGACCGUGCAGGCAGCCGCCAGUCUCCUCUUCCCAAACGCUGGCAAUCCACCUCCGCCUCCCGCUGACAACAGGGGUCGGGAGCUAGAGUCUCAGACUCAGGCUUCUCGGCGGCCUACUGAGUUAAGGAGCUCAAGCACAGCUAGUGGCAUGUCCAUUACUGCACCUCCACAACAGAUCAGGAGUAUGUUGGAUGUUUGAAAGCACAAACCCCGAAAAUUUUUAGAAUAUUGCACUGUCACGUUGCGUUACGCUCGUAUCAUGAUAAUUAUAAGGCGUUUUGCGGUUAUUUUGGAACAGGUGGGAUU